CUUUCAGGUUGAGCUGUUCUAGCUGGGGUCCUGGUGUAGAGGUUGUGGUCACUUUGCGGGAGUGAAGUCCACUGGCCGUAAGGCUCUCGGUUACUAGUCCGACGCAAUGAUCCGUCUCAUGAUAAGUCAAGCGAAGAAGCACCCAAGUUUGAUUCCUCUGUUCUCUUUCAUUUUACUUGGAGUUUCUGGUGCUGGGCUUUACAUGUCACGCAUGGCAAUGUUCAGCCCUGAUGUCUGCUGGGACAGAAAGAACAACCCUGAGCCAUGGAAUAAAUUGGGUUAUAAUCGCCAAUACAAGUUCCUUGCAGUCAACACCAAUUAUAAAUGCCUCAAGAAGAAUGGCCCUGAUUUCUGAAUGGUUGAUUGAUAAAAUGCUUUACUAUCUUCACAGAAUUUCUAAAAUCAUGCUAAAUUCAAGGUACUAAAUUGCUAAAUAUACAACAUAUUGUGUUUUAAAUGCAUACAUUUAUUGAUCACAUGCUCUUGUUUUCAUACUAGACGAAAAAAGUGUGCUCUUUGAAAUCUGCUUUAUACUAGCUUUGACCUUUACAAACAAGUUAAAUCCUAUUGAGGUCAAAUGUGCAUGAUACAUUUAAUGCAUGUAUGCUUUGUUAAACAAUCAUGUCAAUAAAACUUUAAAACUU